AUGGUCUUGCUUGUGAGCACCGUGCUCACUCUGGUAUUCAACGUUCUGCUGGCUAGUGCCCAAGCCACGCGAUGGUGCGACGACUUGACGAGCGUCUGUUUUCAGCGAUACUAUGAGGAGCACCUCGAUACGGCAUGGGGCUACCUAUUUCCCCCCACAGACCGAGGCGAAUUCGUUGGCUUCUUCAUCGCACCUGUGAGGUCCGGCUGGAUCGGCAACUCCUUGGGAGGCUCGAUGCGAGGGAACCCGCUUGUCGUUGGUUGGCUCGACGAUGAUAACAAACCCGUCAUCUCUGCUAGGAUUACGCCGUGCAACUGCACAACCUGGACUGGAGGCUCAGGAGGUAUCAACCUCAACGGCACGCACCUCUUCGGAUACGCAACACACGCAGCCAUCAAACCCAUCGACCCGUCCAACCCCAACUCAAGCCUCUACCAGCACACCGAAGCGUCGCUGCAUACCCUGGACACUGUCGCAGGCCGAUCGGACGCGUACGACACCGAUUUGGGUCAACUCACCAACGCGCCCCCUCUGGUUCCUCCAACGCCAACGACGACGACUACAGGAACAGGCCCCACGCCUACUGAGCCUGCUCUGUGCCCUGGUGCACCCCGGCCGACGUACCCGCUCUAUGUUGCGUCCGGGUGGAAGGUCACGCCUGUUCUUGGCCGUCUCGCUGGUGCACCACGGCAGAUUAUGGUCGAUUCGAGAGGGAAUUUGUUGGUUCUCCAGCGGGAUAUCGGUGUUACUGGGCAUACGGUUGACGAGAAUGGGAUGUUCAACCCAUUCCACAUCACACGAAGCAUCCACGUUUCACGCAAGUUCCCUGACUAUAUCUCGCUCAGUGUGGGCUCGGACGGGAACCUCGACAUACCAUCUAUGGAUCCUGCUCUGGGGCGUAGCCAGAUUCGUGUUUUCGAUAUGCGGCAUUUGGCAGCCCAUGCGAAUAGGUACAACGGGACGCAUGGCAAGGUGUUUGGCUAUGGACUACGGAAUGAUGUGGGCAUAGCGGAAGAUAGAGCAGGGAAUGUCUUCAGUGUCGAGAACUCCCUGGACGAUGCCCACAGAGUGAUCGAAGGAGUCCGAGUCGAUAUCCACGACGAUAAUCCGGCCGAGAAGAUCUAUCGACUUGGCAAACCGACAUCACCAAACCAACGAUUCUUCGGCGGCUACCCCUACUGCUACAGCGUCUGGGAAGAAAAAGACAUCCCCAACGCGAACCUCAAACCCGGGCAAUACUUUGUCCAGGACCCGAAUGGCCCCUACAGCGAUGCUUGGUGUAAUAUCAACGCAGAGAAGCCAGUCGCGAUUUUGCCUCCUCAUGCUGCACCGCUUGAUAUCAAGUUUGGCGUGCACCAGGAUGAUGGGAAUCUGUAUGUUGCUUUGCAUGGAAGUUCGGCGAGGACGGAGACUUUGGGAUAUAAAGUCGUCGCUAUUCCUGGAAGUUACUCCCCUUCGGGAGAGUGGACGUCGGAUUUGGAUCUGGUCGGUACGAAGACGGGCACGAUUGACAUAUUCUUCAACGAAGAUGAGACGAAAUGCCGUUCUGGCUGCUUCCGUCCUUGUGGGAUGUCCUUCGCUCCUAACGGGAAUCUCUACGUAUCGAGCGAUACGUCUGGAGAAGUCUUCCUGUUGAAACCUCCUUUCCAAGGACCGCCGGUGAUACCCACUACGUCUCUUCCUCAAAUACCGUCGACGACUAGUAGUGGACCGCAAGCUACCCAAACAAUAUACGGGCAAUGUGGGGGAACUGGGUACUCGGGGCCUACCGUUUGCGCGGGAGGAUCACGAUGCAAACAGGUGAACCCCCAUUUCUCUCAAUGUCUUCCGCUGGGGGCUUGGUGGAGAGACAAGGAGGGCGGAGGUGAGGAAUGA